AUGUUCAUUCUAAUUCGUCAGAAAAACUCGCCGAUAUGUUUUUCGCUUAAACACCAUCCAUCUGAAAUUAACGAUGAUAAUGCUUCACCUGAAAUUUAUUGUCAAAUUUCUUCAAAUUCGUACUUUUACACGUCACUUCUUCGUGAACUUUCAUCUUCAGUCUACUUUGCGAACAUAUUCCACGAUCUUCUCUCACAUUCAAAGACGAAAUUCAAUCGACAACGUCUCAAAUCAGUCUUCGGUUUGAUUUCUCGUCGUGACAAUGUUAUUUAUCUCAAAGUUCAUGAUUAUAUCAACAACUAUGACGAAGCAAUCAAUCGCUACUGGGCAUCGAUACAGUUACAUGUUUUAGUCAAGCGCGUUCGUUAUGAGUCAUCAUGGGCAUGGUUAUCUACGCUAGGUGGUGGUCAUUCCUGUCUAGGUGAAGAAUCCGCUCGACAUGCUAAAGAAGCUGAAAUGAUAUCGAAGAAUCAAAUUGAUUUAUCUAGUGAAAUUGGUGAUCCGAACGCAUUAGUUAAAUCUUAUCUAUUUCUUUCAUUGAGCUAUUUACAGCAAAAACGCUUUGAUGAAGUUCAAACUAUACUUCGGUUUCAAUAUCGUCGUAUUCAGCAAAAGGAUAUCACCGAAGAUCGUCUACCAGUGAUGUGUAUUGCAUUAUGGAAGAAGAUGAAAUAUGCUUUGAAACGAGAGAAAAAACAAAAUUCCUAG